AUGGCUAUUGCCAAUCAUCUCGUUGAUAAUAUUGCUGUAUAUCUUGGAUAUAGCAAUCGAACGUUUUCCAGUCCAAUUGAGUGUCCGACGGGUACUGGAUCUGCUCCAUACAUGGUUGCUGUUGAUGACUUCAACAAUGAUUAUCAAUUGGAUAUCGCAGUCGCAAAUUUUGGCAUUAAUAACGUCGGUAUAUUUCUUGGACUUGGAAAUGGAUCUUUCACGAAACACGAAGAACUUUCAACUGGUUCAUCUCGUUCAAUUUCCAUUACUGUAGCUGAUUUCAAUAAUGACAGAUGCGUUGAUAUUGCCACCACCAAUUAUGGAACCCAUAGUAUAAGUAUAUUCUAUGGAUAUGGCAAUGGAAACUUUUCGGAUCCACUUACAUACUCAACGGGCUAUGAUUCGUUUCCAUCCUCAUUAGCCGUUGGAAAUUUUAAUAAUGACAAACAUUUAGACCUUGCCAUCGCUAAUUAUGGCACCAAUAAUGUAGGUGUCUUUCUUGGAAACGCCAACGGUAUUUUUGAAAAUCAAAUAACCUUUUCAACUAACAUUGGCUCUCAUCCAUACUCAAUCAGUGUUGGCGAUUUCAAUCACGACACUCUCGAUGACAUUGCUGUCGCUAAUUAUGGAACUAACAAGAUAGGCGUACUUAUUAGUAAUGGUAACGGAACUUUUGCACACCAAACUACCUAUUUGAUUGAUUCUUCUUCUCCAUAUUCGAUUGGCGUUGUUGAUUUUAACCAGGACAAACAUCUGGACUUAGUCGUUACUAAUAAUGGCACAAAGAACAUAGCUAUACUUUUUGGAUACGAAAACGGUACUUUUGAAAAUCCAAUGAUGUAUUCAACUGGAGCAGCUUCUUCCAUCUCAUUUACCAUAGAGGAUUUCAACAAAGAUAAUUGGGCAGAUAUUGUUGUCGUUAGCAAUGAUUCUGGUUCCAUAGAUAUUCUCCUUGGUUACUACGAGCGCUUUGCAAAUCAAAUGACAUAUUCAUCUGGCUCUUUCCCAUCGUCUGUAGCUGUUGGCGAUUUCAACAACGACACCCGACUAGAUAUCGUUGUCACCAAUUCAGGUAGUAAUAAUGUCAGCAUCUUUCUUGGAUAUGGUAAUGGUUCUUUUGCAAAUCAGAUGUCAUAUCCAACGGGUUCUAAUCCAUACUCUGUAGCUGUUAGUGAUUUGAACAACGAUAAUCGACUCGAUAUUGUUGUUGCCAAUAUGGAUAACAAUGAUGUCAGUGUGCUUCUUGGAUAUGGUAAUAGUUCUUUUGCAAAUCAAAUGAUAUAUUCUACUGGCAACGGUUCAUCGUCUGUAGUUGUUGCUGAUUUCAACAACGACACUCGACUCGAUAUCGUUGUCACCAAUGUACACAGCAAUGAUAUCAGUGUCCUUCUUGGAUAUGGUAAUGGUUCUUUUGCAAAUCAAACGAAAUAUUCAACUGGUUCUUAUCCAUUCUAUGCAGCUGUUAGCGAUUUCAACAAUGAUACUCGGCUGGAUAUCAUUGUUGCUAAUGUGUAUAGCAAUGAUGUCAGUGUCCUUCUCGGAUAUGGUAAUGGUUCUUUUGCAAAUCAGAUGACAUAUUCAACUGGUUCUAAUCCAUACUCUGUAGCUGUUGGCGAUUUGAAUAAUGACACUCGACUCGAUAUUGUGGUCGUUAAUUACGGUAGCAAUGAUGUUACCGUUCUUCUUGGAUAUGGUAAUGGCUCUUUUACAAAUCAAAUGAACUAUCCAACUGGCUCUCGCCCACAAUCUGUAGCGGUUGGUGAUUUCAACAACGAUACCCGACUGGAUAUCGUUGUCGCCAAUUACGGUAGCAACGAUGUUACCGUUCUUCUUGGAUAUGGUAAUGGCUCUUUUGGAAAACAUAUGAUCUAUUCAGCUGGCUCUGGUUCAGGGUCUCUAGCUGUUGGCGAUUUCAACAACAACAGCCGACUCGAUAUCGUUGUUGCCAACUACUAUAGCAAUAAUAUAAGUGUAUUGCUUCAACAUAAUAGAGUAAUUCUGGUAAACGAAACGACAUUAGCAUCUGGUGGUGGCGCUCGUCUGCGAUAUGUUGCUGUCGGCGAUGUGAAUAAUGAUACUCAAUUGGAUAUCGUCGUUGCUAAUUACGGCACUAAUACUGUAGGUGUCCUUCUUGGAUAUGGAAAUGGUACUUUCAUAAACCAAAUGAUGCUCAGUACUGGCUCAAAUUCCCAUCCAGCAUUUAUUGUCAUCGGUGAUUAUAAUGGUGAUACUCAAUUGGAUAUUGCUGCUGGCAAUUCUGGUUCGAAGAAUGUAGAUAUACUGCUUGGAAAUGGACAGGGAACAUUUACUAUUCAAACAAGUAAUGGAAUCCGUUUCAUAUCCACUCCGUCUAUUGCUACUUCUGGUGAUUUCAAUAAUGACGAACAAUCGGAGAUUGUUGUUGCAUAUGAUGACAGUGAUACUGUAGAUGUCCUUGUUGCAUACAACGUUGGAUCUUUUACUAAUCAAAUGAAGUAUUCAACUGACUAUGGCCCAUACUCUGUAGCUAUUGCUGAUUUCAACAAUGACACUCGACUGGAUAUUGUUGUCGUCAAUUCUGGUAGCAACGAUGUCAGUGUCCUUCUUGGUUAUGGUAAUGGUUCUUUUGCGAAUCAAAUGACCUAUUCAACUGGAUCUUAUCCAACAUCUGUAGCUAUUGUUGAUUUGAAUAAUGACACUCGACUGGAUAUCGUUGUCGCCAAUUACGGUAGUAAUGAUGUGAGCAUCCUUCUUGGACAUGGUAAUGGCUCUUUUGCAAAUAAACUGACAUAUUCAGCAGGUUCUUAUCCAUUCUCUGUAGCUGUUGGAGAUUUCAACAACGAUACUAGAGUGGAUAUCGUUGUCGCCAACUCGUACGGCAAUGAUGUGAGUGUAUUUCUUGGAUAUGGUAAUGGCGCUUUUACCAAUCAAAUUAAAUACGCAACUGGUUCUUCUCCAUCGUCUGUAGUUGUUGCUGACUUCAAUAAUGACACUCGAUUGGACAUUGUUACUGCCAAUUGGGAUAGUAAUGAUGCUAGUAUCCUUCUUGGAUAUGGUAAUGGUUCGUUUGCAAAUCAAAUGACAUAUGCAACUGGUUCUAAUCCAUACUCCGUCGCUGUUGGUGAUUUCAACAACGACACCCGACUAGAUAUCAUCAUCGUCAAUUACGGUAGCAGUGAUGUCAGUGUUCUUCUCGGAUAUGGUAAUGGCUCUGUUACAAAUCAAACGACAUAUUCAACGGGAUCUGGUUCUGAUCCAUCAUCUGUAGUUGUUGGUGAUUUCAACAACGACACUCUACUCGAUAUUGUUGUCGUCAAUUACGGUACCAAUGAUGUCUCUAUCUUUCUUGGAUUUGGCAAUGGUUCUUUUAGGAAUCAGAUGACAUAUUCAACUGGCGCGUCUCCAUCGUCUGUAGCUAUUGAUGAUUUCAAUAACGACAGUCAACUGGAUAUCGUUGUUGCCAAUUAUGGUAGCAAUGAUAUAAGUCUACUUCUUGGCCAUUCCAAUACAGUUUUCAUAAACGAAAUGACACUAAUAACUGGUAAUGGUUGCCGACCACGAUCAUUUGCCGUUGGUGAUUUUAACAAUGAUGAUCGAAUGGACAUCGCCAUUGCCAAUUCGGGUACACACAAUAUUGGUAUUUUGCUUGGAUACGGUAAUAUCUCGUUUACAAAUCAAGUGACAUAUUCAACUGGUCCGUCUUCGUCUCCAUACUCUAUAGCUGUUUGUGACUUCAACAACGAUAGUCGACUUGAUAUCGUCGUCGCUAAUUAUGGCUCUGAUAACGUGGGUAUUUUUCUCGGGUAUGGCAAUGGCUCUUUUACAAAUCAAACGACAUAUUCAUCGGGCUCUAAUUCUGAUCCAUAUUCUGUAGCUGUUGAUGAUUUUAACAACGAUACCAUACCAGACAUUGUUGUCGCUAAUCAUGGUACCAAUAAUCUUGGUGUAUUUCUUGGAUAUGGUAACGGGACAUUUACCAGUUUUAUUUCAUUUUCGUUGGACUACGGGUCCAAUCCAUUCUUCGUUGUCACGGGUGAUUUCAACAAUGACAGAAAGGUGGAUUUGGCCGUUGCAAAUGAUGGCACUGACAGUUUAAAUAUUCUCUUACAGUCUUGUUAA